CUCGGCCAUGCUCAAGAAGGACUCGGCCAUGCUCAAGAAGGGCUCGGCCAUGCUCAAGAAGGACUCGGCCAUGCUCAAGAAGGACUCGGUGAUGCUCAAGAAGGACUCGGUGAUGCUCAAGAAGGACUCGGUGAUGCUCAAGAAAGACUCGGUGGUGCUCAAGGAGCUUGAAUCGAGAUUUGCGCUGCAGUGACUAGACCAACAACAGAGAUUGCUGCACACCAGAAAACUCAAC